UGGUCUAAUGUUAUUCAUUUAUAAACAAUGUUUUGAUAAAUAUCUUCGUGUUAUGUUCGUCCACACGAAUUACAUAAUUGACUACUAUUUUAAAGAGAAAAAACGACAAGGUCGAUCGCUCGUCAUCCAGUUGACGCGAAAUCGACUCUGACUUCACUUGCGAUGCGUUUGUUCAUAUUUUCGAUUAUUCUAUCGAUUUUCGUGCAAUGUUCCCUUUCUGCUCGGAUUUUAGGCGUGUUUCCUUUGGCCGGGAAAAGUGUAAACAUUCUGACAGAUCGCCUGAUGAAGGGCUUAGCUGAUGCGGGACACGACGUUACUGUGAUUAGUGCAUAUAAAAAUAAACUACCUCUGAAAAACGGCAGUAUUACUAAUGUAGUGUUGACUGGGUUUGCAGAAGAAUAUGAAAGUCUCUUAAACCAUGAAAACUUACUGGACGUACCGGAAUACUACGCUAUUUCAAGCGUAACCCAGUACCUAUACAUGUUCGAGCACAUAUGGAACGACACAUUCCACCAUCCAAACGUACAAAAACUCUUGAAUUCCAAGCAACACUUCGACUUGGUCAUCACCGAACACUUUUGGAACGACUGCCUGAAAGUGUUCGCCCAUAUCUACAACUGCCCCUUGGUGAUAUUCACCAGCAUGGGUGGAGUAAACCCCUGGGUAAACGAUCAAGUAGGCAACACAUUGUUACCUUCUUACGUCAAACAUUUUUUUAUGUUGGGUGAUUUUUCCGAAGGCAUGAAUUUUUUUGAACGCACCCAUAAUUUAGGGUUCUUUUUAUACGAUUAUAUAUUCAAGCAUUAUUAUUUGUUUCCAAGAAACAAUGCUAUUUUAAAAGGUGCGUUCCGAAAUCCUCCCGAUGUGGCUGAUCUCUAUGACAAUGUUUCGCUGGUUCUUCUUGGUUCGCAUGCAAGUCUACGUCCCGCCGCACCUUUGUCACCUAACAUGGUCGAAAUCGGCGGAUUUCAUAUCGAUCCACCAAAAAAACUACCAAAAGAUUUACAGGAGAUCAUGGACAAUGCUAAAAACGGCGUGAUAUUCUUCAGUAUGGGCUCUCACGUGAAGAGCAAGGAUUUUUCUGAUGAGAAAAAGAAGAUAUUUUUGAACGUGUUUGCCAGGUUGAAGGAGACGAUUUUGUGGAAGUUUGAGGAUGAAACGUUGCCUGGGAAGCCUGAAAAUGUGUUUGUAAGAAAAUGGGUACCACAGAUGGAUUUAUUAGGUCAUCCCAAUAUAAAACUGUUCAUUACUCACGGAGGGUAUGGUAGUCUUCAAGAAACCAUCUACCACGGUGUCCCAGUAUUGGCAAUUCCAGUAUUCGCUGAUCAGUACAACAACGCUUUCCAAGCAGCUCAACUAGGAUACGCCAUAAAACUGUCUUACAACGACAAAAAUUUCAGUGAAGAAACCGUAUUUAACUUGAUCAAAGAAUUGUUGGAUAACCCAAAAUACCGGGAAAAUGCCCAGGCAAGGUCCAGGGUCUUCCACGACCGACCUAUGAAACCUCUGGAUACGGCAGUUUAUUGGUUAGAGUACGUAAUAAGAAAUAAAGGUGCAACUCAUUUGAGAUUAGCCUCAACUAAACUACCUUGGUAUAAGUUAUACUGUGUAGAUGUUUUUGCUGUAUUUUUUGUGAUAUUAGCUGUUUUUUAUAAAUUAAUUUGUAUUGUACUAGGCAAAAUAUUUGCUGGUCAAGAGGAGAAGAAAAAAAUGAAGAAAAACUAGCUGUUUAGAUUUUUUUAUAAAUUUAUUUAAAAAUUUUAGUUAUAGAAUUUUAUCAAGUUUUUUUCUCGAAUUUAUAUAAUAAAAUGAGAUUUUAUUUUUAAUAAAACUUUUUAA